CGCCAUCUUUCAGUAAUUUGCCAAAAUGACGAACACAAAGGUAAAGAGGAGAGGUACCCGAUACGUGUUCUCUAGGCCCUUCAGGAAACAUGGAGUUGUUCUUUUGUCCACAUACAUGAGAAUCUACAAGAAGGGUGAUAUUGUAGACAUCAAGGGAAUGGGUACUGUUCAAAAAGGAAUGCCCCACAAAGGUUACCAUGGCAAAACGGGAAGGGUCUACAGAGUUGCCCAGCAUGCUGCUGGCAUUGUUGUGAACAAGCAAGUUAAGGGCAAGAUCCUUGCCAAGAGGAUUAAUGUGCCUAUUGAGCAUAUUAAACACUCUGAGAGCCGAGACAGCUUCCUGAAACGAGUGAAGGAAAAUGACCAGAAAGAGUAG